AUGGAGGCCAAAGAGGUCAUCGAGAAAUCCAAAGCUCUCUCAAAAGCCACCGCGGCCAAAGACCCACCUGAGAAUCUCAUUCGCAUCCUCAAUGAUCUGAAAACCGGUGUCAAAGCGGACGAAGAUCUCCUUCGUUCUACAAAAAUCGGCGUGGCCGUUAACCGCUCCAAGCAACAUCAGAACCCUGCAGUCGCCCGUCUAGCUAGUGAGAUCGUUAAGAAAUGGCGCGACGACAUCAACAAGCUGAAGGGAAGCAGCCCCUCAGAUAAGAAAAGCCCGAAUGGUACUGCAUCUCCUGUCCCAGCGAACACUUCGAAUGGCAAGCCCAAGCUCAAUGUACCGCCUGCGGAGCGCGACUGGAAGAAAGACAAGGUGGACAUCGCUCACACCAAUCAAACCACGCGUGACGGUACUAUCGGUCUCAUCUACAACGGUCUCGCCUACAUGUCCACCGAUGCAUCAUCAGACAUCCUGCAUAAAGCUGCAGCAGUCGAAGCAGCUGGCUUCGCAAAGUACGGCCCGGAGAAUAAUGCGAGCUACUCGUCAAAGAUGCGCAGCCUCUUCAUGAACCUUAAAGCCAAGUCCAAUCCCAAAUUACGAGUAGAUGUCUUGAAUGGCACUAUCUCCGCCGAGCGCCUUGUCGUCAUGAGCAAUGAUGAGCUCAAGAGCGCAGAAAGGCGCGCAGAGGAUGCUAAGCUUAUCGAAGAGAAUUUGAAGGACUCCCAGAUGCCACAGGUUGAGAGGAGCAUUAGCACGAGUCUGGAGUGUAGCAACCCCAAGUGUAAAGGCCAGAAGACAGUUGCUUACACGCAAGCUCAAACCCGCUCCGCUGAUGAACCGAUGACUACCUUCUGCGAGUGUACGAAAUGUGGCAAGCGCUGGAAAUUCAGUUGA